AUGGAGGGAAGAGGGGUGGCGCUGCUGCUUCUUGCGUUGGCACUGGUGGCGUUAAUAUGCACGACGGAGGCAAAACCCACGACGAAGAGCUACGCCGAGUGGCAGCGGUCGCCUUCGUUCCGCCUGAGCGUACUACUCCGCCGCGGGGGCACGCCCGGCGCCGUCGACUCUGGCUCGUCGGCCCACGAGACGUGCGUGGUGCUGGCGGCCGACUACGGCCAGCCCCAUCGCGGCCUCACCGACGCCCACCACGUCCUCCUCUUCACGCGGCCCGAGGCGUACAGCCACGACGUGGAGCAGGUGGGCGAGGACGAGGCCUCGCGGGGCGAAGUGCUGGACUUCUACGGCCACACGGAGGCGGCGGUGAUGGCCUUCGCGCGCGAGCGGCUGCCCUGCCUGGCCCACGCGGACUUCACCGCAGUCGCGCCCCCGCCCGCCGCCGCCGACUCCGAUCCUGCCAACAAGGACGAGAUCCUGGAGCUGGUCAAGAGCGGCCCGCCCGGCAACCGCAUCGACCUCGUCUUCAUGGGCGACGGCUACACCGAGUCGGAGCGGGAGCGGUUCGUGGGGGACAUGAAGCGGCUGGUGCAGGACAUGUUCGCCUCGACCACCUUCGCGUCCCACCUCCCGCUCUUCAACAUCUGGGCCGUCUUUCGCCCGAGCGUCGACUCCGGCAUCGGCUCCGGCGGCAAACCCAAGAACACGGCCUUCGGGCUGUACCGUGAUGGAACGGAGCUGCGGGGCAUCUACACGUCUAAGCCUCAGGCCGCGCGCGAUGCCUGCCGUGAGGUCGGCCCCGAUGCCUGCGACUUCCCGACGCUCAUCGGCAACGACGACUACUAUGGCGGGCUGGGCGGCGAGUUCACGAUCUCCACGCGCUCCCUCACGAGCGGAACCAUCGUGCUUCGCCACGAACUCGGGCACAACCUCAUCUACGUGGGCGAAGAGUACGACGGCGGAACGGCGUACUUUGGCGUCAAUCACGCUCGAUCGCUCGGCACGGUCGGGUGGACCCACUGGCUCACCAACACCUCGAAGCCGCUCGUGGCCCAGCAGUCGAAGCUUCUCUUGCAGCAGCACGCGUGGUACAAUCUGAGCCGCGCGCCGUUCGAGAUCAAGUUCGAUUCGGCGGGCAACUACAAGCGGUGGCUUCUGACCUACUCCAUCUCCGGCGCGCCCACUGCCGACUCGGUGCGCAUCACUCUCGACGGCAAGGAGCUCCCCUUCAACAGCGCCGGUACGCUGGACCGCACGUUCACGUCGAUCUUCAGUGACGAGGGCUUCACGCGCGGUCCCCAUGUGCUCAAGUUCGCCGAGGGCAAGAAGCCGGCGGCUGGCGGCAGCGGUGGCCGUGCGCGGGACGGCAUCAUGCUGCAGCUCUGCAACUACGUCCUCACCGAGCUCAUGGACGAGGACCACUACCACACCGAGUUCGCCUUCCCCGUCAAUGUGUCCCCUCUUUACAUCGGAGCGUACAACACGUACAAGCUCGGCGGCUCGCUGGUCGGCUACCGGCCAGACCACGAACGCUGCCUCAUGCGCAACAUGUCGUCGCCUCACUUCUGCGUUGAGGGCAUGUGGCUCAACUUGCUGUCGCGCAUCUCGCUCAUCGACAGCGUCAACGUGACCACCGACGCCAAGGUCGCCAGCGCGGUGCUCCACGCCCUGCCGCUGGGCCAAAAGCGCCAGCCCGCUGCGACCACCACCGACGACGCGCCCACGACGGGCGAGCGCUACGUGCUGACGUGGCUCCACAACGGCCAGGAGCAGCCGGAGCUGCAGGACCGGUUCGAGUGGACGCUGCCGCUGGAGGCCGCGCGGGGCCGGUGGGUGGCCAAGCUGCACUUCCUCACGCCCGAAGUGCGCUACGACCCCAGGGGCUACACCACGAGCACCCAGGCUUUCUCCAUCUGA